AAAGAAGAACCUGAUCCCAACUCUCACAGCACCUGCCCACCAUUGUAUUAUAUGUUUUAUAUAUAUCAUCAUCAUCAUCAUCACCAGACGAACUGGGCAGCGCACAGUUUCAAAACCACGAAACCCACUCUUCAAUUUGCCUCUGCAAACCUUCCGUCUCCAAUUCUCAACUCUGACAUCCUGGCCGGGCGACACCAUCAAGAAUCUCUGCAUACCCAUUUCACGACGGAUAAUUUCUUCUCUUGUCCGUCGCUAUUUCUCUCUGAUACUCACAUAGAAAUAUAGCUUUCAGAACAUCACAAACAGUUUGAAGGAAGCUGAAUACAGCCCAUGAGUAUCAAAGAAAUUCUCUUCUUUUCUUUUUAUUCUUUCUUUUUCGUCGGAGAACAAGGGAGAUCAAGGAAGAUUUAAUCAGAGCAGACUGUUGAUCAGGAGAGAGACGAUAAGACAAUAAAUAAUGACGUCGACAGCAAGUCCCGGUGGGCUCAACCAAUUUCCAGUCACCCUCGCGUUUGAUCACAGAGACGAUGAGGUUUUGGGGGAAGGACAUGUUGUGGUCGAAUACGCGAUGCGUAUGGCCAUUUACGCGGGACUCACUGGUAUCCGUAUUCUUGAUGGUGAUUGCGUUGAUCGUGAAACUCAUGUGGAGCUGCGACGAGGAAGAGGCCGGUGCCGGUGGAGAAGCAGCAAGGGCAACUGAGAAUAGUAGGUUGUUGUCCAAGGAGGAAGCUGUGUUCACUAGUUAUGGCACCAGUGGAGAGGACUUAGAAUCAGGCAGCAGCUCUUCGUGUGAGGACUUGUACGAUGGAACGAUAUGUGUGAUAUGCUACGAUGACCAGAGGAACUGUUUCUUCAUUCCUUGUGGCCAUUGUGUUGCCUGCCACGCUUGUGCUCACAGGAUUUUCAACGAGGAAAGCAAGAGCUGUCCAAUAUGCCGAGGGAAUAUUGACAAAGUAAAGAGGUUGCAUAUUGUGUGAAACAACGUCGUAGGAUUAUGAACUUCUGUCGUCCCUUCCAGCUGUUGCACUAGAAGGAGACAUCUAUCAUCCUGGGCCUGGAAAUUGGCCCGGAGACGAGUUAUUUAUGAAGCAUCGUUUACCUAUGUAUGUUUUUUUAUUUAGUCGUUGAUCACUAUGUAUUUCUCCUAUUCAAGAAAUUCAUGUUGUUAAAAAACAUUAUGUUACAUUUGGUAUUUUCAUCAGUA